AUGGCACCUGCCAAGAAAGCUGAAUUUUUGCGUUCUCUGCGAGAGGCUAGAGUUGAGAAGAAAAAACAAAAACUUUUCCUCUCUCUCAUUCAGAAGGUUCCGCCUGCUUGUGUGGAAUCUGCUGUUUGUUUCUCGUAUGGUCAUGAUAGACCUUCUGGUAGUGAUGAUCAAACUCGUGUGGUUUCUAGUGCACUGGAAAAUCGAGAGUGCUUGGUUCCAGUUGAUAGUGUUGUUACAGGAGGUGGAGAGUUGCGCUGCAUUCCUUCUGAUGUUUCUAAUUUUCUCGAUGAUCAUGCUUCAUCAUCUUCUAAAAAAAAAACAUCUUCCAGGUCUGCACCAUCUCUUAAUAAAGGAGGAGAAAUUUCUGUUGUCGCUCCUCCUAUGCCUUGUGAUUUGAAGCGCUUAUUCAUUGGUAGCGAUGAGGAAAGCUUCCAUUUUAGAAAUAAUGCUCACACUUACAACAAUAACUUAGGCUUCACACCAUUUGCUACUAAAUAUGAUUCUGAACUAACAAAGAACACAAAAGGUGUUUACACCUUUCGUGUUCAGGGUCAGGUUUAUUAUUUUCUUAAUGGCCUUGUUCAGUCAGAUGAUAGAGCAUCCGGGAUUCAGCUGUACUUCUUUGACAUUGAUGAAGAAUUAGCAAAGAGGAUUGCUACCUCUAAUAAGUUGCGAGAAAGCAUAUUAAGACUCCUUAUGCGCAUUCUUAGUGACAAUCCUUAUGCUAAGUUCUUCAGAAAUCUUAGGCAUCGAGUUUAUAACCUUCCUUCUGCAUCCCUAGUUGCAGCAAUAUGGACUGAAAAUCAAGGUGAAUCAGGCCAUAAGGGAACUCAUAUUCAAGUUUAUACGCAUUCAAAUAGCAGCUAUAGAAUUAGACAUUACUAUGGCUGCUAUGAUCCAUUGCAAUACCCUAUUCUGUUUCCCUGCGGUGAAUGCGGAUGGCACCCUGGGAUUAAAAGAGUUCGAAAAAGAAAGAGAAGAGAGGAUUCCUGUGAGAAAGAUAUUGAUAUUCAUCCUUCUUCGGUUGAUUCCGUAUCAGGUUUAAUGGAUCGUGAACAAAGAGCUGUUGAUCGUGCAAAAAAUGAAGAAGACACAGUGUUAGCUAGAGAAUACUAUUGUUACAGAUUUCAGAUCAAGGACGAUGAUGAAUCGAUGUUGCUGCACUCGCUUAGAUUAUUGCAACAGUAUGCAGUAGAUGGUUAUGUUAAGAUUGAAACGUCUAGGCUUGAUUUUCAUAGAAACCGACAAAAGAACAUUCGUUCUGAGGUUCUUCAAGGAGUCCUAGACAGUAUUUCUAUAGGCCAGACCAAUGCUUCUAAAGUUAGAACGAUAUUACCAACUUCCUUUAUUGGUGGACCAAGGGACAUGAGACGGCGAUAUCUUGAUGCAAUGUCCUUUGUGCAAAAGUAUGGAAAACCAGACAUCUUUCUUACUAUGACCUGCAACCCGGCAUGGAAGGAAAUUCAGGAUAAUUUAAAGUACCACGAAAAACCUCAGGAUAGACCGGAUCUUCUGGCUAGAGUCUUUAGAGCCAAAUUUGAAUUGCUUAAAUCAGAAGUUUUGACCAAGCAAAUCUUUGGAGAAGUUGCAACAUGUGUCUAUAGUCAUGAUAGAGUGGUCUAUGCUAAAAUACCUGAUCGUUCUAAGCAUCCUCAUCUAUAUUCUCUUGUUGUAAAACAUAUGAUUCAUGGUCCUUGUGGUGAUAUGGAUAGAACUUGUCCUUGUGUGAAAGAUGGUCAUUGUAAAAAUCGCUAUCCAAAGAGUUUUUGUACUCAAACGACUGAAAAUAGUUAUCCACAAUAUAGAAGGUGGGAUGAUGAAAUUUGCUCGAUUGUUAAAUUGGUGAAGUACAUGUAUAAGUAUGUUUUCAAAGGACAUGACUCAAUCAGUUUUAAGAUAGUUUCGCAUCAUGCUCCUGAUGACACUGAUGAAAUAAAGGACUUUCAGCAAGGUAGACGGAUUUUACCCCUGAGAACAAAUGUGGUUGCACAGAAUCUUAAAUGUCUUUACAAGGAUUUCCCUCGAUUUUUUGUUUGGUCUCCUAAAUAUAAGAAAUGGACUAAAAGGAAGCGUCGAAAAGUGAUAGGUGGAAUGGUUACUGUUAGUCCAGCAGAUGGAGAAAGAUACUACUUGAGACUUUUUCUAAAUCAUGUUCAUGGGCCAACUUCUUUUGAUGAUAUUUUGACGGUUGUUAAUCAAAAGCUGAAUUCCUUUAGAGAAGCUGCUUUAGCAUUAGGACUAUUGCAAUCCGAUACUUACAUAGAGGAUACACUUCAAGAAGCCAUGACCUUUCAGAUGCCAUCUUCCUUAAGAUUGCUAUUUGCCACUCUGCUUGUUCAUUGUUCUCCAGUAAAUCCUCGACUGCUGUGGGAAAAAUUUCGCCAUGAACUCUCAACAGACUAUCAGUGA